CCUCCCUUUAUAAACAACCCACCUACAAAAAUCUGCAAAAGAGAUUUAGAAUCCAAAGUUUCUGUUUUUUUUUUCUCACCAUCAAAGUUAUGAUCUUGUUUAGUGUUGCAGUUAACUAAUGGAAAUUGAUACCAACAGACGCUGUGACAACCUCGUUUACUCUCGAUUCUUUCUCUCCGGGUUCUAUUGCUGGGGUUGGGAGUUCUUGACCGCUCUUCUUCUCUUUAGUUGUUCUGCCUAAAUCACCCGCCACCUUCUUUUUUCUUGUUCUUGUAUUCAUAAUUCUUUGUUAGACUUCUUUUUGGGUUUUACUUUUUAUACUUUGGGAGGGGUUUGGCCAAUCGGAAAGUCGGAACAAAUGGCGCAAAGGUCAGUUCCGGCGCCUUUCUUGAUCAAAACGUACCAGCUGGUGGAUGAUCCGAUCACCGAUCAUGUGAUUUCGUGGAAUGAAAGCGGCACGUCUUUUGUCGUUUGGAAAACUGCUGAUUUUUCAAAGGAUUUGCUUCCGAAAUAUUUCAAGCACAACAACUUUUCCAGCUUCGUCCGUCAGCUCAACACUUACGGAUUUCGAAAGGUUGUUCCAGACAAAUGGGAAUUCGCCAACGACAACUUCAAGCGAGGACAAAAAGAGCUCUUGUCGGAAAUCCAUCGUCGGAAGUCGGCGAUAACAUCGACGGCUAACGGAAACCCAACUGAUACGACACCUUCCUCUCCGACUGACUCUGGUCAGGAUCUAGGGUCCACCUCCACGUCGACAUCACCGGGUUCAAAGAAUCCGAGAUCAGUGGAAACGAAGCCGGCAGCCAUGACUGGAUUCGCCGAUUUAUCAGACGAGAACGAGAAACUGAAAAAGGAUAACGAGAUGCUGAGCUCAGAGCUGGCGCAAGCCAAGAAGCAGUGCGACGAGCUGGUCGCGUUUCUAACUGAACGCGUGAAGGUAGGGCCGGAUCAGAUCAAUCGCAUCAUGCGGCAAGAAAGUUUCGGGUCUACCCAUGAUGAAGGUGCUGGUGGUGGCAAUUGCUACGGCGACGAUAACAAUGUCGCUGACGCAAACGGCGAUGGCGAAGAAGGAAACGGAAAUUUGAAACUGUUUGGGGUAUGGUUGAAAAGGACGGGAAAGAAGCGGGCACGCGAGGGGAAAAUCAUGUACGGUGGACCACACGCAAAAGAGACGAAGGCUCUCACUUUUGACCACGUGGCUAUGGUGAUUAAAAGCGGCAAGGUUUGCAACUGAACCAAUUGGUCAAAAUCGAUGGUAUUAUAAGGUUUUUAUUUUAUAAUUUUUGGAAGUAAGUAAUUUUAUAAAUAAAUAAGAUAUGUAAUUUGUA